UAUCACAUACAGUGCUCAGCACAUUUAUCAGACCACCUGUCAUAAAAAAAAAAAAAAACGAAAACACAAAUAUUUUAGAAAUCUGUCAAAAACUUGCUUAAAACCUAAAAAUGAUAUUCUUACUUAUGAGGCAAAUAAACUGAAUUCACGCUUUCUGAGAAGUCAGAAAUCAAUCGAGCAGAACAUUCAACCCAUAGACAUAUAUACGUAGACGCACUGAGCGCUGACUCGUAUGUCGACGUCGCCGCCAUGGAGGUCGCAAAAGCGGCCAACAUAACAUGAGAGAGGUGCUGCACUCUGGUGCUGUGUGCAGUUUUUCGAACCAUUUUACAGUCAAAACGGGAUCACAUGGGAUUACCUUUCACGGACGCCAAAUGAACCAAGUGAAAGCAGCCAGAGUCAUAUAGACCUGCUAGCGUUGGAUUUUACAGACACUAAAGUGCCCUGCGACAACUAUAGGCUUGUUUUAUCAGACUGGCUUUGGUGGGCAUAUCACGAUGGUGUCAGUGAAUCACAAAUGGAUGUUUUGCUGGCCAAGAUUUGCCAGAUGCUUUUAGGACACAUCACCAUGGUGAUACUUGAUAAAAUAGAACCCCAGGUUACCGCUCACCGACAUAUACGUGUUCCUGAAGUGGCUGCAAGCACCUCUACCGACACUUACCUGACAAUAAGUGACCCUUUGCUGAGUGGAUGCAGUUACUGCAGGGUGACAAAACAUGAUGUUGAGGCCUGCGUUGGAAACAUCCUUGAAUGCAGUUUCCAUCACCUCGAGCCUGCUGUACAAACUAAGUCCUUUGACUUAGUCAAACUCCGUACUUUAUUUUCAGCUGAGGUUGCAAAGAGAGUGAACUCAGUCCUGGGUUACUGCACAGGGUCAGCUCGUCUGCGAUCAGAGUCAGCAUCACAUUCAGUCGAUAGGAAAAUGUGUGAGAAUGUAGUCAACAUCAUAACAACAUGCAAAAAGCCCAUUACUUUCCACCAUCAGCCCAAUUUAAGAAUGAAUAUCUAUGACAUGAUGCAUGGCAGGUCAUACUUAAUUGCCAAUGAGUAUUACCCUGCUUAUGUUCAUGAUCAAGCAUAUCAUCCCCAUGAGAAUAUCACUGAGAAUAUCACCGAGAAUAUCACCGAGAGUAUCACUGAGAAUAUCACUGAGAAUAUCACUGAGAAUAUCACCGAAAAUAUCGCCGAGAAUAUCGCUGAGACCAGUGCAGAAACCAGCACAGAGGGCAGCUCUGAGAAUAUCACUGAGACCAGUGCAGAAACCAGUGCAGAGAGCCAAACUCCGCUAUGUGAGGUUGACACCUUUCUCAUCAUGUUUCUUGCAAAGUUAGUUGGUUACAUUGCUAAGAAAACCCAGACAUCAGGUGCAAACAUCAAUUUUGAACCGAUAUUAACUGGUGUAAAAGAGCGGUUUAUGAAAGACCAGAGUUACGCUUUACCACAAAAUGUUCAAAAACUGCACAAAGCCGUAUACAAGGAACUGAAACACAAAUUUGGAUCCAAAUACGAGCUUCAGUAUAGGAUGGCAAACGCUGAUCCAUCUUUCAUCGCACUUGUUGCAAUUACGUUAAAAGCGCAGCUUACAAAAAUAGAGAAACCAAAGAAUAUAUGGAGGAUUUUCAGAAGGAACAAUAAAGUUCAUUUCUGUGAGAACGAAGCAGCAGAGUCUCACAGCAAAGAAAAUGAAAUGAAUGGAUCCACACCCUCCCAUCAACACAACAGACAGAGCAGCUGCUUCAUGAGGACCUUCUCUUCCAUAGUUAGCUCUUUGAGGAAGGCAUCCACUUGCUGCACAACCACCAGUGAAUGACAGAAACAAGAGAAUAUUCCUCUUGAAAAAUUACCUUGUAAUCACUCUUGACAUCUUAAAUGUCUAAAAUUGAGUAUAAACUGUAGCAGUGGGACUACAUUUCCCAUAAGGCUUUUCGAUACUGAAUGUUUUUGUGGACUGUACAUGUUCCGGGGGUGGAGUAAAAGCUUUGUUCAGAACUGCAGCUAAUGGCGUCCAGUGUCCUCUUUAUACAUGGUGUCAGAAGUGACGGACUACAACUCUCUGCGGUGUUUUUACUUUCACCGGGCGGCAGCGCGAGUGACUGUUGCUAGAUCACGGCACGGGCGAGCAGACGGAGAAGCUGAGAGAGCCCUAUCAUAUAGACUUAGAACAGGGAGCCACACCUGUUGCCCUCUCCGCCCCUCGACGGAUCCCUCUACCACUCAGAGAUGCAGUUCGUACUGAACUGAACAGAAUGGAGGAGAUGGGUGUAAUUUCAAAGGUCACAGAGCCAACAGCAUAGUGUUCAGGGAUGGUGGUUAUCCCAAAACCUGGAAAAAAGCCACCUAGGAUUUGUGUGGAUCUCACACCCCUGAACGCUGUUGUAAAAAGAGAACGCCACAUCUUACCUGCAGUGGAUCACAAACUGGCAAUGAUGAAAGAUGCCAAAGUAUUUACAAAACUGGAUGCCAGAUCUGGAUUCUGGCAAAUCCCCCUCACAGCAGAGUCAAGGCCCCUCACGACCUUCAUUACCCCCUUUGGGAGAUAUCAAUUUAACCGACUCCCUUUUGGCAUAGCAUCAGCACCGGAACAUUUUCAGAGGAGGAUGUCUCAGAUGCUUGAGGAUUUUGAAGGAGUGAUCUGUCAUGCAGAUGAUAUUCUAGUAUAUGGCAGAGACAGAAAGGAGCACGACCAGAGAUUGCACCGUGUGCUCAAGAAGUUGCAACAGGAGGGCCUCACUCUGAAUGAAAAAUGUGAAUUCGCAAAGGAAGAAAUCAUGUUUGUGGGCCACAAAGUUUCAGCAUAUGGCAUAGAGCCCGACCCAAAUAAAGUCAAGGCUAUCCAACAGCUGCCACAACCUACCUGUGUGGAGGAGGUGAGACGCCUUUUGGGCAUGGCCAACUACCUUGCAAAGUUUUUUCCACAGCUGGCUACAUUAACCACUCCACUGAAAGAGCUGCAGAAAGGCAGAAACGAAUGGAUAUGGGCAGAGCCCCAAGAAACAGCUUUUCAGAAGGUAAAGGAGUUACUGAGCUCUCCAGAAGUGCUCACUCAGUAUUCCAACACAGCCGAAACAAGGGUUGCUGCUGAUGCAUCGCCGUAUGGUAUUGGUGCUGUCCUCACACAGAAACAGAUAGAUGGCUCGUGGCGACCAGUCACAUACAUCUCACGAGGACUGACAGACACAGAGAAACGAUACGCCCAAAUUGAAAAGGAAGCGUUGGCAGUCACUUGGGCGUGUGACAGACUCUCAUCAUAUCUUCUGGGUCUAUACUUCACAGUAAUAACAGACCACAAACCCCUGGUUCCAUUGCUGAGCACAAGAGGCUUGGAUGAUCUUCCCCCACGGAUUCUGAGAUUCCGCCUGCGGCUGCUGCGAUUCUCGUACCACAUUAUACAUGUCCCAGGGAAGAACCUUAUCACAGCAGAUGCCCUGUCUAGAGCCCCACUGGCAGGUCCACCCUCCGCAGGAGAUCUUCAGUUGGAGAGAGAGGCAGAAGUUUUUGUGGACUGUGUUGUAGCUCAUCUCCCAGCACAUCCCUAGUUUCAGCUAUUUUAAAGUAAAUUAGUGCAUCAGUCACGGCAGAUGACUACCCCUCUCUGAGCCUGGAUCUGCCGGAGGUUUCUUCCUGUUACAAGGGAGUUUUUCCUCCCCACUGUCGCCUAGUGCUUGCUCAUAGGGGGCUGUCCAAUUGUCAGGGUUUUCUCCCUAAUACUGCAGGGUCUUUACCUUGCAGUUUUGCUCAGACAACAGGACAGUUUUUGUUUUUUUUUUUUAAAUGUAAAUUUCUCUGUUUUUUCACCAAAUAAAAAUAAAUUAGAAAAUGAAACAAAGGACAAAGAGAUAUGUGAGAUAUGAUCAGCAUUAUAAUGUGAUGGUUCUUUGGAAGGAUAAUAGGGUGCACUGCCCCCUAUCGGUGAAUCACGGUAUUUCCUGCCUCAUCAUGUGUAUUUUCACCAUGCAUUUAUGACCGAUCACAAAGAAUAAACAUUCAUUCAACAUAUUAGACAGCCUGUGGGGGGCACCUGGGUGGCUUAGUGGUGAAGCCGGUGCGGGCGGCGUGGGUUCAAGUCCCGGCCCGUCGCCAAUUUGCCCGUGUGUCCCAUUUCCUGUCUCUCUCCACUGCCCAUA